GGGGAGCAGUGGGCAUGGGACACGCCGCUGGGCGCCAGUUCCAAGCAUUGCUCUGGAAGAAUUGGCUGUGCCGCCUGAGGCAGCCGGUCCUUUCUCUCGCUGAAUUUCUCUGGCCAUGUAUCCUGUUCAUGAUUCUGACAGUACUUCGUUUUCAAGAACCUCCCAGACACAGAGACAGUUGUUACUUGCGACCCCGGGAUCUGCCCAGCCGGGGCGUUUUCCCCUUUGUUCAAGGACUUCUUUGCAACACCGGGUCGAGGUGCAGCAACGUAAGCUACACAGGGUCGGCCAAGCACAGUUUUCGCUCCUCAAGGUUCCAAACUGCAGCUGACCACAACAAAGUUGAUGACUUGGACUUUUUAGAAGAGUUACAGGACUUUGCUGAUGAAAUUUGUGAAACAGUUGAAAAGGCAAAACACUUACAAAAACUUUGGGUAGAAAGAUCCAAGGCUCCAGGUUCUUCUUAUGGCACCAGUUUUUUAACAGUCGAUCUCAAUAAGACUGAGGAGGUGAUAUCGAAAUUGGAACGCCUUCACCAGCAGCCUCAUAUCUGGGAUUUUCUACUUUUACUGCCCAGACUGUAUGCAAAUAAUGUUCACGUUGAUGACAGAAUACGUGUGGUUGUACCAUUUCUCCAGGCAGUUCUGAAUUCCUUAACAUCCCUAGAAGACUUAGAUUGGCUUCCACUCAACCACACUUACUCCAAGGCUUCUGAAGCUGUACUGAAUGUGACCAUUUCAACCCUGAUGUUUCUGCAGGAACAUGGCGUAGUAGUCACUGAGUCAGGAUACAACCUGUCCCUUCAGAAAAUGGUGUGGGAUCCACAGAAGGUUCAAUCUGAUCUGAAAUCCCAAUUUGGUUUUGAUGACCUUCACUCAGAACAAAUCCUGAAUUACUCGGCUGAAUUAAAGGAGAUUCCCACAGACAGUUCAUUAGAGUGGAUGGUGUGUUCAGUCUUGUCCAGCAUAUCCGAGAAUGAAACCGAUGGAGAGGGUCUCUCUGGAGACUGUCCCCUCCAGUGGACAGAAGCCAAAGAGUACAUCAUCCAUGCGGUCAGCUGGCCCCAUGUUUACACACAGGUGUUCAAGCAGUGGCAAAAGAGUAACCUGCUUCACAAAAUUCUCACAGGGACUGAACACAGCCUGGAGACUCUCAGGGAUCAGUCUGAAGAAGGAAGUGAGCCAUGGCAUGUGGCAGAAGUUUUGAACACAGUACUUCACCUUUUGAAUGAUAGCUUGACAGCAGAUGGCCUAAAUGACAACAUGUUACCACAUCUGCUGAAAUUGCAGCGUGUGCUGCAAAAUCUGCCCCAGUGGCCAGUUGUACAGAGAUUGCUGCAGUUUGAUGGAGCUUUCCGGAAUGCACUAGCCCAGAAUUUACAUUUCAUACAAGAAGUCUUCUUUCGCCUGGAGACAUCAGCUAAUGAUUCUGAACUGGAUGGAUCUGGCCAACUGCAACUGGAAAUGGACAUGUUCUUUUGGCAGUUAAAGCAGAUGUUGAUGAAGAAUGUUUCGAAUGUGUGUCGCAAUGGACACUUUUCAGAGAAGGAGGCCCUUCUGUUUCCUCCAAACUCCAGAGUCUGGGAGAGGCUCGUGGGACAGUUGUGCCAUCAGAACUCCUCCAGUGCGACUGAAAUUUUCAACAAGCUAAUUGGUUCAGUAGAGGACGCUGAUCAUCUUUUACAAGGAGUCAUUGCUGGGCACACAAAUAUGCCAGUUUCAUUACCUGAAGAAUAUUUGGACUGGCAGGAACUUGAGGCACAGCUUUUGGAAACUAGCAUUUCCUGUGCUCGGGUCUUCCGGUUGCCGGGAGCCGACACCUCUCCUGAGAAAGCAGAAUCUUCUGGUGGCUGUAAGGACCAGCUUAUUUCCACAGUGUUAUUUCAUACACUUGACAAAGCACAAUUGUUUCUGGAACAAACAGACCAUUGGAAAGCCUUCAUAGGACUUAUCAGAAAGACUUGUGAAGUGGCUCGAUAUUUGAAUAUGCAAGGAAGUUUGCAGAAGGAUCUAUUCACUUUCUCUGAGGAUUCUCCGUGUUAUAAAGAAAACAUGGAUUGGAAAAUCAUCAGUUACAAUUAUCUUGUAUUUCUGAAUAACUUAUUUAAGUCUCCAAUGGCUUCCAUAUCCAGGGUCUUAAAUGCUACAAAGGAUCUUCUAAUGAUGGAAAAUAAGUCACAUACCUUGGAGGAUGAACAAAUGAACUUUCUUUUAUCAUUUGUGGAAUUUUGGGAGAAAUUAUUUCUGCUUAAUCCUUUAGACUCAUCCAGUUUUCCCCAAUUCCAUAACCUCUCAUCUCUCACUGAGACUUUUCAGAAUGCAAGUAUUUUGUGGAUAAAUCACUUUAAAACUUCAGAGAGAGACCCAUCUGCUGCUGACACUCAGAAACUUUUGGAAUUUGGCAAAGAGGUGAUAAAAAGAAUACAAACUCUUGCAAGUCUCUGGAUAAAGAAGGAAUCAAGAAAUAUUUGGAGAUUCAUGGAAUUAAUACUUUUUGAAAUUAAUCCCAAGCUUCUGGAAUUGUGGAUGCAUGGAAUUUCAAAAGGAGAAAGAACUAAAUUGGAAAUGUUGUCUACGCUCUUAAAUUUUUCUGUUCCAGAAAAUGAGAGGGUUAUUAGGAAAAGCUUUAAUUUUUCUCAGUUUCAUUCAGAUUGGCCUAAAUUAACAGCUGUGAACAUGGAUUUUGUACAUUUAAGUGAAACUAUAAUAAACAGUUCCUAUGAAUUUGGAUUUCUGAGGCAGGAGCAAGUCUCAGAAGCUUUGGACACAGUCUAUGCCCUAAGAAAUGUGUCUGAUCUUUUCUCUGCCCUUUCUGAACCUCACAAACAAGAAGUUGAUAAAAUUUUGACUCAUAUAUACCUCAACGUCUUCAAGGACAAGGAUUCCGCUUUACUUCUGAAGAUUUAUUCUUCAUUUUACCAAUAUAUUUAUAAAUUCUUCUUGAACAUUCAGAAUAGAGAGUCUUUGCUAACUUUUCUCACACAAAUCUCAAAGCACAUUUUGGAUAUCAUAAAGCAAUUUAAUUUCCAAACCAUCAGUAACGCUUUUGUAUUUUUAUCGGAGACAGUAGAAUUUCUUGAUAGAAUUUCUGAAGUUUCGUAUUGUCAGCAAUUACUUUCAAUUUUUAACUUUUUGGAGCUUCAAGCCCAAUCCCUGACAUCUACAGGGGACCCAGAAUUGAAAAUGGUCCAUGCUGCUUUGACAGGCCUCAAACAGUUACUGAUAGUAGAUGAAUAUCUUCGUAUUUCUUUUGUUCAAUAUAUGAGCCAACUCUUCAAUGGAUCAGUAGAAGCCUUGUUUGAUAAUGAAUGCUUUGCUUGGGAUAAUGAAAGCAUUUCCUCCAUCCAUUAUUCAACAGAUGGGGAAUCCUCAUUCAUUCUUCCGUGGACUCAGUUUCUUUCAAACCUCUCAGCAGAUGGCAGUAUGUUCAAUGAAGUGAUGGCCAUUCAUUGUACCGUUUCAUGGCUUCAAAUGUGGAUGGAAAUCUGGGGAAGCCUAUCUCAAAUAUUGAAGAUUGACAUGAAUAUUUUCAGUUCUCUUAAUCUUGGUCUCAGUCAGAUUUUGGAAGAAUUGGAGAAUGAUGUGAAAAUUUCUAAACACUGCCAGGGAAUGUUUACCACCUAUCACCCUGCUAGACUUAUCUUGAAUUUGAUUAAAAAUUUAAUUCCAGCUGCUGGUGUCCAUGAUUGGAAUGAUUUCCUGGAUCUCAGUGAUCUUUGGGUGGCCUUAGGUGACACAUUAUUUACAGUAAAAUCGCUUACACUGGACAAAGUAAAUAAAUCCCUUCUCACUCUGGAAAGUGCUCUGCAUCAGCUAAAGACAUUUCCACUAAACACAAAUACCAGUAGAGAAUUUUUCUAUUCCCUGCUUGAACUUUUCAUGGAAUUAAGCAAUACUGCAGAAUAUACAGAUGUAUAUUUGAUAAAUCCCUUUCUUUUAAAUAAUCUAACAAAUUAUGGAGCAGAAUUUGAAAGUUUCAUCACUGAGCUAAGAGAGGCAAUCUUAUUUCUUAGAACUGUGUCACAUGAUCAAGAUUUGUUGUCCUGUGCUGAUGUUUUCCAAAAGGUUACAAAGCUUGUUUUAGAAGGUGACUUAUUGUAUGAAAAUGCUUCACAGAGAACAUUAUAUAUUCUCACCAUGCUAACUUCAACAUUUUUCUCUGAAAAUAUAAUCAGCCGUCUGAAAGGAUGUGUUGCCUGGAUAGAUAGCAUAAACCAUCUGUAUGUUAUGUUUAACUCCAGUUUUUCACAAGCCCAUCUUCAAGGAAUUUUGGGGAGUUUUGGAGAUAUAGAAAACAAAAUAGAUACUACACUGAAACUUGUUACUUGGAUGUUAAAUAUGAAAGAACCUCUUUGCUCAUUAAAUAAGUCAUAUAUAAAUUGUGUGGACAUUUACUUGAAAAACAUAACUGACUUUCUAAAUGUUAUACUUACUGAAGUCUUUGAAAAAGAGAAUGUACCAAAAUUUGAGAUUUUAUUGACUCUUUUAAAUGAUUCCACAGACCAAAUAAGGAUGACUAUCAACAGCUUAACAAGAGACUUUGAUUUUGCAUCUCAAUCCAACUGGAAACAUUUUACUGAAUUAAUUCUAAGACCCAUAAACAUGUCAGAACAACUUCCUCACCAAUUUCAAAAUAUCUGGCUGCAUUUAAUUGCUCUGGGGAAGGAAAUUCAGAAACUUGUGAAAGAUAUUUCUCCUAACAUCCUGGAAGAUAAUUCCUCUUUUGAAACUGAAAAGUUUUUAAGUGUGAUUGCCACCAGUCCAAAGGAAAAGGAUGUAAAUAGUUUAAGCAGUUCAGUUUAUCAUUUAGCUAGUUACCUCACCUUCAACCUAUCUCAGGAUCUCCAAAAUUCCACAAAAAUAAUUCCACAUGAGAUUAUGAAAGCUGUGGGUCUUGGGAUUCAACUGGUCAGGGAUGUGUUUAACUUCUUAAUGCCCACAGUUCAUCACAAUAUUCCACAAAAUGCAGGUGAUAUCCAAGUUUUGAAGAAGGUAACUUCUCUCAUGCACACUCUCAAGAAGACAGACAUAGAUCUUCUAGUAGAUCAACUUGAACAAAUUAGUGGAAGCCUAAUGGAUUUCUUUAAGAAUAUCAGUGGAUUAGAGGAUGGCAAAUUGGGGAUAAACUUACUUGUUAGCUUGGUAGAAAAAUUUGCAGAGAGCUCACAUUCUUGGAAUGUGAAUCAUUUGCUGAAACUCUCACGCCUGUUUCCUAAGGAUGAUGUUAAUGCAGUGGUUGAUGCAUACUAUGUCCUUCCCCACGUUGUGAGGCUUCUCCAGAGAGUGCUUGACAAAAACUUCACGGAGGCCCUCAAGGAUGUGUACAACUUCACACUUCUUCAUGGCAUACGCAUUUCAAAUGUCACCAAGGAAGACUUUGCUCUUGCAAUAAAAACUCUUUUGGACAUAAUUGAAUUCAUGUCUCAUAAGCCAGGUUUUGUUUCAGAGGCUUUAACUUGCCUUCCUGAGGUUUGGUGCUGGAAUUACAUAACUUCCAGAUUUCAGCAGAAUCCAAACUUGGAAACCUGUAAUGUCCACAAGCUCAUUCAUUCUUCCUUUUAUAGCAAAGUAGCUGCUAUACUUGACCAUCUCCACCUGUCUCCCCCUGGUGACUAUUCACAGUGUUCAAAUGAAAGCUCACGAAUGGAAAUAACUAGGAACGUGGUCUGUGUACUUCAUGAGUUGGUGGACUGGAAUUCCAUUCUUCUAGAGAUGUGUGAAGUUUUUCACAUUAAAACUUCACUUUUGAAUACUGUUCAAGAAUUUUGGCAUACAGUAUCACCAUAUGUCUUGUCUUCUGGAAAUCUAAGUAAUGACAGCAUCUCUGAACUUUGCAUGGCUGGUCCCAUAAAACAAGUUGCUUUGCAGAUCAUAGAGACACUAAAAAGUGUCAACUAUACAAAAGUUACUUCAGGUGAAAAUAUUUUUGAUAAACUAACUAGUUUAAGCAAGAUCCUUAACACAGAUGAAGUCACAGAGACAUCUGUUCCAAGUAAUACUUUCUUAAAUUUGGAAAGGAUAGUAAAAUUGAUUUCUGGGGUUCUGAGCUCAGAAAAUAGUCCUCCUUUUCUAAUUUCUCCAUUAAUGCUGUUUCUGAAUGCAAAUCUUACAGGAAAUAGUUUGGAAGCAUUAUCAAGUUCUAUUAAGAAAAGGGAAGAUACUUACAACAUUGAAGAACCGUGGCUUGAGUUUGAACAAAUCAUGAAAAAACUAAGACAUGUUUUUAGCAUUGGAGACUUUUUCUCUGCAAUUAACCAAGAAAUUCAAACUAUAAAUUCAGUGAGUCUUCAAAAUGCAACUUUGCAACUUGUCCAGUUUUUGGAAAGCCUGAAUUCAUCAUCACUGAAGACCUUAGGCAUUGUGGAAGAUUUUCUAAUCACCACAAGAAACUGGUUUCAUGAAUAUGCAAACAAAAAUCACUCCAGAAUGAUACAAACAUUGCUUUUUCUUAUGACAAAUGAGAGUUUGAUUGAUGGUGUAAAUUUGUUGGCUAAAGAUAUUACCACCUAUUUGGACUACCUCAAAAACAUUUCUAGAGAAGGUUAUUUUGAUGUUUCCCUUCUCACUCAUCUGGUAAACCAAGAACAGCUAACUAACUUUUCCUUUGUUCCAUUGCUUUUUGAAAGCAUCCUGAUGAAUGCAAUCAAUAACUUAGCUGGAAGAUCCCAAGAAACAGCUCCAAAUUUAAGUAAUGCUGACCUUCAAAUAAUGGACUUCAUUAACCUCACCUUGAAUCAUACACAGCUGGAAAAUGGCGAGGAAAUCACUUUCCCUCCAAGAAGCAUAGUGGGUUUUGUGGAACAACUUUUGAAAACAUUCUUCUCCGUAACGCUAGAAGAAAAUUCUGAGAACAACAUAUCUUUUCUACUAAAAGUCUUCCACAAAGAUAUCAUUGCAGAGAUGAGCGUUGUUGAAAUGUGUAGAGUUUUCCAGCAGACAGUAGAGCCCUCCGAAGUCCUCGUGACUCUGCAGAAAACGAAGAUGACGGUUUUGCAUGUGCUUGUCUUCUUUGCAGAAAACCCCUCCUUGGCAAAGGACCUUUUGUGUGCUACUAUGAGUUGCAAGGAAGGUGGGAUAAGACAUCUCAUUUUAUCUCUUAUACAAGGGGUUACGCUGGUGCAUGGCCGCUACCAGGAAAUCAAAAAGAUUUGGUCUGCACCCAUUGAUCUAGAUUGUGAAAGUCUUGGCAGGAAUCUUUCUCACACCUUGGAAAACUUCAAGAGCAACUUGGAGACCGCUACUGCUGAGGACUGUGAAUGCCAGCCUAUGCUACACACGAUUCAGCAGCGUAUACGCAUGUUGACCAAAAGCCUUCAGGAGACAUUUUCAUCAGGGAAUCCUAUCGUGAAUCUUCUUAGCAAUUUCACAGUAACUGAGGAUGUAAAAGUCAAAGAUUUGAUGAAGAAUAUCACCAAGUUAACUCAAGAGCUUCGUUCUUCUAUACACAUCUCAGAUGGAACUAUAAAUAGUAUUUUAGAGGCACAUAUUUCCCAUUCAAAGGUUCUCUUUAGUGCCCUGGCGAUGGCUUUGUCCGGAAGAUGUGAUGAAGAAGUUCUGCGUCUCCUGCUGACAUUUCCUGAGGAUGGCGCAUCUUUCUUUGCAACAGAGGAACUGUGUGCCCUGCCCGGCUCCAGAGUGUAUCCUCUGAUCUUACUGAUGAGCCGAAACCUGAACCUGAGGAAUUUCAUUUACAAAACUCUGAUACCUUCUGAAGCCAAUGGUUUGCUCAAUUCCCUGCUGGAUGUCAUCUCCAGACUCAACUCCAUAGUUGCCCAAGCCCAGCACAUCCUUGAGUACCUCCCUGAAUUUCUUCAAGUAUUUAAAAUCACUGCAUUGCUAGAUAUGCCUGCCACUCAAAAGAUUUCACAAAAUGGCCAGGCCAGAAGUUCCGCCUUUGGUUCUUUCCAGUCCGUGAUGAAGAUGCUUUGCAAGGAGGAAGCAUCUUUCCUUAGUGACUCUAACACAUUUAUUAAUUUGCCCAGAGUUAUCAAUCUCUUGGAAGAUGACCAAGAAAAAUUCAGCAUUCCUGAAGAUUCAACACCAUUUUGCUUGAAGCUUUAUCAGGAAAUUCUACAGAUUCCGAAUGGUGCUUUGGUGUGGGCCUUCCUAAAACCUGUGUUACAUGGGAAAAUACUGUACACACCAAACACUCCAGAGAUUAGCAAGAUCAUUCAAAAGGCUAAUUAUACUUUCGAUUUUGUGGACAAGAUAAAGACUUUAUCAGAAACACUGCUGAAAAUGUCCAGCGAUUUUCAGGGAAGUGGAAAUGUCCAGAUGCUCAGCCAACUCCAGGAAGCCCUGAGAAACAAAUUUAUACGACACUUUAUAGAGAGCCAGCUGCACACUGAUGUUGACAAACUUACUGAAAAGCUUCAGAAUUACGGAGGAAUGCUGGACGAGAUGUUUCACCGCCUAGGGGCUGGACACCUCCAGUUUUUGGGUCGGAUCUUGGUUAACCUCUCUUCCUGCAUAAUGUUGAACCGUUUCCUGGCUCUGGACUCGGUUGAGCUCCUGGAGACUAAAGCAUAUGACCUCAUGAAGCAGAAUGAUUUCUUGGCCAGUAUUAUAUUCAACAGUUCCUCAGUCAACAAGAACUACCGCUCCGAGUCCCUCAGACUGCCACCCCAUGUCACAUAUACCAUUCGGACUAGCACCUUAUACAGCAUGAGAACAGAUAUGGUAAAAAACCCUUCUUGGAAAUUCCAUCCUCAAAGUCUACCAGCUGAUGGGUUCAAGUACAACUAUGUCUUCGUCCCAUUGCAAGACAUGAUCGAAAGAGCCAUCGUUUUGUUGCAGACUGGAAAGGAGGCUCUGGAACCAACAGUACAGGCACAGGGCAUCCCCUAUCCAUGCCACACCAGAGACCUAUUCUUGAACAACGUUGGAUUCUUUUUUCCACUGAUUAUGAUGCUGACCUGGAUGGUGUCUGUGGCCAGCAUGGUCCGAAAGCUGGUGUAUGAGCGGGAGAUCCAGAUCGAAGAGUACCUGAGGAUGAUGGGCGUGCACCCAGUCGUUCACUUCCUGGCCUGGUUUCUGGAGAACAUGGCUAUGUUGACCUUAAGCAGUGCCACCCUGGCCACCAUUCUGAAAGCCAGCGGCAUUUUCACACACAGCAACGCCAUCAUCAUUUUCCUCUUUUUCCUGGACUUCGGGGUGUCAGUUGUCAUGCUGAGUUACUUCCUGAGUGCCUUUUUCAGCCAAGCGAAUACAGCUGCUCUUUGUACCAGCCUGGCAUAUAUGAUCAGCUUUCUGCCCUAUAUCAUUCUGUUGGUCCUACACAACCAAUUAAGUUUUGUCAUUCAGACAUUUCUGUGCUUCCUCUCAACAACCGCCUUUGGGCAAGGAGUAUAUUUCAUUACAUUCCUAGAAGGGCAAGAGGCAGGGAUUCAGUGGAAUAAUAUGUACCAGUCUCCACAACAAGGGGACAUGACAUUUGGCUGGGUUUGCUGGAUGAUUCUGUUUGAUUCGAGCCUUUAUUUUUUAUGUGGAUGGUACUUCAGCAAUUUGAUUCCAGGAACAUUUGGGUUAAGAAAACCAUGGUAUUUUCCCUUCACUACGUCCUACUGGAAGAAUAUCUGUGGUGUGGUGGAGAGAAAGCAAUCCUAUAUGACUUCUAAUCUGUUCUUCGUCAAUGAAAACGUUGUUAAAAAAGGGACGUUGCCACAAAAUGAGGAAGGGGACCUUGAAGGAGGUCUCCCUGGAGUGUCCCUGGUGUCCGUGACCAAGGUAUACGAGGACAACAGAGCGGCAGUUAAGAACCUCACCCUCACCUUCCACAGAGACCAGAUCACAGCCCUGCUGGGGACAAACGGAGCUGGGAAAACCACCAUUAUAUCCAUGUUGACUGGACUCUACCCUCCCACCUCUGGAACCAUAUUCAUCAAUGGCAAGAACCUGCAGACAGACAUGGCUUCAAUCAGAAGGGAGCUGGGCGUAUGCCCUCAGCAGGAUGUCCUGUUUGACAACCUCACUGUUCUGGAACAUCUGCUGCUCUUUGCUUCCAUAAAGGAGCCACGCUGGACCAUGAAGGAGUUACAUCAGCAAAUCAAUAAAACACUUCAGGAUGUGGAGCUAACUCAGCAUCAGCACAAGCAAAUCCGAGCCCUCUCUGGGGGCAUGAAGAGGAAGCUGUCCAUUGGCAUUGCUUUCCUUGGCACGUCAAGGACCGUAGUUCUGGAUGAGCCCACCAGCGGUGUGGACCCUUGCUCCCGACGCAGUAUCUGGGAUAUUCUCUUGAAGUACCGAGAAGGUCACACAGUUAUCUUCACCACUCACCACCUUGACGAAGCAGAGGUGCUCAGCGACCGCGUGGCUGUCCUCCAGCGCGGCCAGCUCAGGUGCUGUGGCCCUCCCUUCUGCCUGAAGGAGGCUUACGGCCAGGGGCUCAGCCUGACGCUCACAAAACAGCCUUCUGUAAUGGAGACCCAUGAUCCAAAGGAUGUAGCUCGUAUUACAUCUUUGAUACAGCUCUAUAUUCCACAAGCAUUCCUCAAAGACAACAGUGGCCGUGAGCUAACGUUCACCAUUCCCAAGGAUGCAGAUAAGGCCUGCUUUAAAGGGCUCUUUCAGGCCCUGGAUGAGAACCUCCAUCACCUACACCUGACAGGCUAUGGGAUCUCAGAUACCACUUUGGAAGAGGUGUUUCUGAUGCUUUUGCAAGAUUCCCAAAAGAAAUCCCAGUUUGCCACAGGGACAGAGGUAGAAACGCAGUACCACGAGACACUGGGACAUCCUGCUGCCUACCAUGACUGUUCCCUGCGCCCCCCACCUCUGCAGGGCGGCCCGCUGCUCCGCUCCCAGACGGCGGCCGUCCUGGGGAAGAGGCUGCGCCACACGCUCCGCUCCUGGAGGGGCACCCUGUCGCACCUGCUGCUGCCCAUGCUCUUUGUGGCACUGGCCAUGGGCUUGUUCAUGGUGAGGCCUCUGGCUGUCGAGUUCCCACCCCUCAAACUCACCCCUGGCCAUUAUGAGAGAGCAGAGACUUAUUUUUUCAGCAGUGAAAGCGAUGACAUGGACCUUGCCAGUGUGCUUUUGAGGAAGUUUGAAGAUCAGGAUCUGCUCUGUGACAAUUUGAACUCAGACCCGAAGAACUCUUCAUGCUGGCAUACUGAUCCUUUCCCUCACUCAGGAUUUCAGAGUUCCUGUGGCUGCCUGAAGUGUGCAAAUGGAAGUGCCAGGGCUUCCUACCUGAAGAAUGGCCUGGGCCACACACUACUGAAUCUUUCUGCUUUCAGCGUGGAGGAGUAUCUGCUGUUGCCUUCGGAAAAACCAAGGCUUGGAGGUUGGUCCUUUGGAGUGCAAACCUCUGAUCAAGCUCAAGAUGCAAAUUCAAAUGUAUCAAAGCCCAAAACUCUGGCAAAGGUGUGGUAUAAUCAGAAGGGUUUUCAUUCCCUACCUUCCUACUUAAAUCAUCUAAACAAUCUUAUUUUGUGGCGACACUUACCCUCUUCUGUGGACUGGAGACAAUAUGGAAUAACGCUCUAUAGCCACCCAUAUGGAGGAGCAUUGCUGAACGAGGACAAGAUCCUGGAGAGUAUCCGUCAGUGUGGCGUUGCCCUCUGCAUCGUGCUGGGAUUCUCCAUCCUGACGGCAUCCAUCGGUAGCUACGUGGUCAAGGACAGGGUGUCUGGAGCCAAGAGGCUGCAGCACCUCAGUGGCCUUGGCUACAGGACGUACUGGUUCACCAACUUCCUGUAUGACAUGCUCUUUUAUUUGGUUUCUGUCUGCCUGUGUGUCGCCAUUAUUGUUGCCUUCCAGUUAACAGCUUUUACUUUCCGGGAGAACUUGGCAGCCACGGCCCUCCUGCUGGCACUUUUCGGAUAUGCAACUAUUCCAUGGAUGUAUCUGAUGUCCCGAAUCUUCUCCAGCUCGGAUGUGGCUUUCAUCUCCCACAUCUCUUUGAACUUCAUCUUUGGCCUUUGUACCAUGCUCAUGACCAUCAUGCCUCGGUUAUUGGCCAUCAUCUCCAAAGCUCAGAAUUUACAGAACAUCUAUGACAUUCUCAAGUGGGCCUUCACCAUUUUUCCUCAAUUCUGCCUGGGUCAAGGACUGAUAGAACUCUGUUAUAAUCAGAUCAGAUAUGACCUGACCCACAACUUUGGCAUUGAUCCCUAUGUGAGUCCCUUUGAGAUGAACUUCCUGGGCUGGAUCUUCGUGGAGUUGGCCUUACAGGGCACCGUACUUCUCCUCGUGCGGAUCCUGCUGCACGGGGACCUUCUGCUGCAGUUAAGGGGUCACUCCACCCCCAGAGACACUGUCAAAUCUUCUAAGGACACAGAUGUUGAAAAAGAGCAAGUGAGGGUGCUUGAAGGAAGGACUAGUGGAGACAUUCUUGUGUUGCACAACCUUAGUAAAAGUUAUCAAGGCCUUUUCAAGAGGACCACUGCUGUGCAAGAUAUUAGUUUGGGCAUACCAAGAGGAGAGUGCUUUGGGCUUCUCGGAGUGAAUGGUGCUGGGAAGAGUACCACCUUCAAAAUGCUGACGGGUGACAUCCUUCCAACGUCAGGCCAUGCCAUCAUCAGGAUUCCCACAGGAGAAAAAGUGGCCCUGUCUUCUCCUGGCAAAGCAGGUGUUCUCAUUGGCUACUGCCCACAGCAGGAUGCCCUCGACGAGCUCCUGAGCGGUUGGGAACAUCUCCAUUAUUACUGCAACCUCCGUGGGAUUCCAAAGCAGUGCAUCCCUGAGGUGGCCGGGGACCUCGUGAAGCACCUGCACCUGGAAGCCCAUGCUGACAAACUUGUCGGCACCUACAGUGGGGGAACCAAGAGGAAACUCUCUACAGCCCUGGCCUUGGUGGGGAAACCUCAGAUUCUCUUACUGGAUGAGCCCAGCUCCGGGAUGGAUCCCUGCUCUAAGCGGUACCUGUGGAAAACAAUCACACAAGAGGUUCAGGAGGGUUGUGCUGCAGUGCUGACCUCCCACAGCAUGGAGGAGUGUGAAGCCCUCUGCACGAGACUUGCCAUAAUGGUCAAUGGCAGUUUCAAGUGUCUUGGUUCUCCUCAGCACAUCAAAAAUAGGUUUGGUGAUGGCUAUACAGUCAAAAUUUGGCUCUGUAAGGAAGCAAAUCAACAUAGCGUGAUUUCCGACUGCUUGAAGCUAAAUUUUCCAGGAAUUCAGUUUAAGGGGCAGCACCUUAAUUUAUUGGAAUAUCAUGUACCAAAAAGAUGGGGAUGCUUAGCUGACCUGUUCAAAGUUCUAGAGAAUAACAAGACCGUCUUGAAUAUCAAACACUACUCCAUUAACCAAACCACUUUGGAACAGAUAUUUAUUAAUUUUGCCACUGAGCAGCAGCAAACCCCACAGUCUACUCUUGAGCCAUCCGUUGACUGCCACCACCUUCAUCACUUGCCCAUCUAAACACUAAGGAAAAAGUUUUUAUAAGGAACACAGCCUUGUCUUUCAUUACAAUUAAGACUCAAAGACCCAACCAGCAAGUGCACAUCUGAGAAGCUGGAAGAUACACUGCAGGCAAUCAAAUUACAUUAUCUCCUUGAAUUUCUAUUCUGAAACUCUUUGUUAAUUAACUACCAGCAAAUUGAAAAGUCAACCUUUUCUGUAGGCUUUAGGGAGUUCCUUUAACAAAUUUACCCUCUUUGCCAAGCAAAGAUGAGUGCCAGCCUCUUUUUGACACACAGCUGUAUGAAUUGGCACAGUCUAACUUGAGACAUUUUUUGGAGCUGGAAAUGCUGUCCCAUUUCACCCAGUUGAAACAUUUCAUUUUACUUUUAAGGAAAUUAAGUCUCCCCUUCUUGUGAGAUUAAAACACUUUUCUAAGUUAUUUGUAUAAGAAAUAAUACCCAGGACUCUUGUUUUCUAUUUUUAUAAUCUUUUAGCGAGAUAAGCUUACAUAUUUUUAAAAAUAAAAAUUUGAUGAUUUAAAUGCAAACUUUUCUAAUACUGAAUGAA